AUGAGACCUAUAGUGGCAGAUGUAAACGACAAUGAUGGUCACAUUGAACUCAAGAGAGGCCUGUGUGCCGUUCUGGAGACCAUCGAAUCCUCUGGGUCCUUCUUAACACAAGACCUUGGGCUGGGUCUAGCCAUACCUGGCCUGAAUAUCGCAGGCCUAGGCAACAUUCGACUUCCCAUCUCAGCAGACGAUGCAAAAGCCAUCACCCAGUGUUGCGAUCGCAGCCCCUACGGCAAAGGUUCCGAAACUCUGGUGGACGAAUCCGUUCGCAAAACAUGGCAACUCGACCCUGGCCAGUUUUCGCUUCAAAAUCCGCUCUGGCAACAGCAGAUGGAUGACGUGGUGGACGACGCCGUGACGGGGCUGGGUCUGACUGCCCAAUCGGAUGAGGUUCAGGCCGAGCUAUAUAAGCUCCUGAUCUACGAGGAAGGCGCAUUUUUCCUUCCACACCAGGACACUGAGAAGGCCGAUGGCAUGUUUGCUACGCUGGUGGUAUGUCUUCCUUCGAAGCACGAAGGCGGGACACUCGUUGCUUCCCACCGUGGUUGGAAGAUCGCAUGGUCAACUGCAUCAUCCUCUGAAUUUAGCUUCUCGUGGGCUGCUUGGUAUGCGGAUGUUAUCCAUGAGGUGAGACCCGUCACCUCUGGAUAUAGAGUGGCUCUGGUGUACAAUUUGAUUCAUCGCCCAUUAGUUGGGCUUGGUAUUUCCGGUGUUCAAACAGACAAGCUAACUCAUCUACUUGAAUCCUGGGUCUCCGAUUGCAGUGGAAAUGGGCAAUCUGAUCACUCAGCUUGGGAUCAUCAUAUCAAUGGUGACUGCCCACCAGCACUUGUCUAUGUCCUAGAGCACCAGUAUACUGUUGUGGAACUUAGCUUUGAUCGACUGAAAGGAGUAGAUCAAGUUCGUUUUGGAGAACUCCAAAAGGCAUGUCAGGGACUUGAUUUCGACUUAUACCUAGCCAAUAUUGAGAAGACCAGAAUGGGUGGCGUCGAUGGACGGUACGGGAACAGUUAUUGGAAAGCUCACAAUGCGCUAGAGGAUGUGCUCGGAGGCAAUCAGAAGUUCUUAUCAGUGGUGGACGCGUCAGGGUCCGAAGUCGGAAAGCGUUUGCCAUUCCACGGGAAAUUGCUGAUUCAAGAGGAUUUCUUCUCGAAUCGACUUCCGGAUGAUGAAAAAUACCAAGGCUUUACGGGCAACGAAGCGGCUAAGGCAACCCGUGUUUACCGAGCGACACUAUUCUCAGAACAGCCCGAUAAUGCUUUGACGAAGCGGAAUCUGGUCCGGGCCUGCCAAACGAUCCUGAAAAAACACUCUUCGUCGUCUGAAAUGAGAGCCAAGGUUAUGCAGAUAGCCAUUGAUGUUGAUGACGUGAUUCUAUUCUGCCAAACUCUUGUGUCCCUUGAAGGCACCAUGUCUUCUUCCGAGAUUACUCAAACUGCGAAAGUCCUGGCGAAACAUGGACUUGAAGCUAUUCGCUUGGCGCUGGAACGUGUUUUUCAAGACAAACCGCAUGGCCCCUCAUUGCCAGAGAGAGUCAGCUGUAUUUCUAAACUGUUCCGGGAAUAUCGUGCAAUCUGCCAGGAACGGGGCCGAGCGCCAUCGGUGGAAAUGUUGAAUUGGGAAAGCGCUAUUAUCAGCAAUUAUCUGUCCUGCUAUUCGAACGACACAGAACCAGAUGGCCGCCAUCUAGUGGAUGUGCUGACGCCGUUGCCCCAGGAGGGCUUAUUCGAAAGAAUCAUACCUUUCCUGGAGACUAAGAUUGAGCGCACAGCUUGUCUUGGGAAAUUCUUUGUCUCGGUCUAUGUCUACUCAAGGCGUGGGAAGUUCGACCAAGAUGCGGUUGAUGCAAUGCUCAAGAAUCUUCUACCAAAAUUUUUCCGCGGCUUUCGGGUUCAAUACAAGCAUACCUCUAACUCUGGUCUUGAAUUUGCUGCGAACUGCCGCCCCACGAAACAUACCACGAGUAUCCGCAUCGAUCCCAAAACGGUAGUCGGGUUGAUUAAGUUAGGAGAUGUUAUGGACGUCGACAACACAGCAUUAUUUCAUGCCCUCACGGAAUACACUCUGGACGUCCAAGCAAGAGAUAUGCCUGAUGUUUUUACCGACUUCCUGCUUCCAGUGGCAAACGGUGUUUGCGAGAAUGUCAUUACGUCUGGAGGCCCUUCCACAAAUAGUGAACGACGAUUCGUUAAACACAUUCUCAACAAAUACAUAACUGGCUAUGUACUUCCUGCUCCUCUCGUGCCACCAGACUGGAAGGGCAGGUCAUGUAUCCUCUGCCGCUGCUAUACCUGUGCUAGCCUAGACACAUUCAUCGAAGACCCCGCCGUAAGAACAAGAAAGGUUCACAUGGGUGGAAAUGAUAUGGAGCACUUUGAUCGCUACCUUGACGAUUUCUUUUUCACUAAAACAGUCGUCGGACCUGUCGGUAUGCAAAUGCUGCGAAUAUGGAAAACGGACGCGAUGAUGCUCGUUUCCCAGUUGCACGCCUGGAACAAACGAGCUCGUGAUGCAAAGGCUCAGUUGGACCAGUUGGAUAAGCAUAGGUCUUUGAAAGAGAUUUUGGGGAAUACUUACGACUCCUUGAUGAAUCACCCGAAUCUUACACUUCCUGAUGACCACCCUGCAGCUACUUCAACUGCGAUCCAGGCUGGUCACCCUAUGUCUGGGAGCGUCGUUCCAAAUAUUACUCUCUACCGCCAGAUAGACGAUGAAUAUAUGUCAGCAUGCACCGAUGAAUGUACUAACGCUUCUACAUAA